UGGACCGCGGGGAGGGAGGCGGGUCCGAGCCCGCGCCCCGGCCGGCGGGGGAGUUCCCACCGUGGGCGGCUCGGGCCCGCGGGGCCACAUCCUCGCUGCUGGCCGGGCGCGGCGUGCGGGCCGCCGAGCUUAGCCCCGGGCCCGGCCUCCCUGCCAUGGCGCGGGAGAGGCCGCCCGGGAGGGGCUGCGGCGUCCUGCGCCGGUGUGUGGUCGGCGCCGCGCUGCUGCUCGGCCUGCGACUGUGCGCGGAGCUGCGCCGCGCCGGGCCCCGGCCCCCGGCCCGUAGCGCCCCGCCGGGCCCGGCUCCCAGGCCGCCCGGGCCGCACCUGCCGCCCGCGCCCGGCCCGCCCCGAGGCGCCAGCAGGAGGCAGGUGACCUACGUGCGCAGCGGGCGCCGAGCGCCUCCGGAGGGCGGCGGCAGCGGGACGCCGGAGCCGGGCUGCUGCGCCCCGCGCGGGCGUCCCCGCCGGAAGCGUCCCCGGUGGCAUAUAGAUCUCCAGCCGUGGGCAGGACCUGCUCAGUCCCUGGACGAGGAAGCCUUGAGGUUUCUGAGAUACAUCAGCACCACUCAGAUUGCAUGCAAUCACAUGAGCACAGACAGCCUAGCUACUGACUCCAGCCCUGCAAAGAAGCCUUGGUCAGUCUGUCUUGAUGACAGGUUUGGCUUAGCUCAUCAAAUCCGCAGCAAGCGAUGCCGCCUCUACUCUUUAGGGCUGGGGAAUGAUGAUACCCAAUUUGAGGUUAGCAUGGCCAACAAUGGAUGUGAAGUACAUCGUUUUGAUCCUAGUGUUAAAUCAGCUCAUAUUCUGGAGAGUCCGCGCCUUUGGUAUCACCGCUUGUCCAUUGACUGGCGGGACCCCCAUCCAGCUGUUGCUGCCCCCAAACUGCACAGCAACACCAGGAAACUGGGAACCAUUUUGAAUGAAUUUGGGCAUCACAAGAUUGAUGUUCUCAAAGCAGAUCUGGAAAGCGCAGAAUGGAAAGUUUUAGAAAAUCUUAUUCUGGAAGAUGUCCUUGAACAAAUUGGACAGCUCACCUUUGAGGUUCAUCUCCACUGGCCCGGGUUUGAGGUCAGUGGCCGGGACAGCAGUGUCGUGAGGUUCUGGUACAGCCUCCUCAAAGAGUUAGAACUAAAGGGUUUCAGGCUUUUUCAUAGUUACAAAGAUUUAUCUAAACCUCAGCUGUUCCUGAAGAAAGAUAUUUUCAAUGCAAGUAGCUGUUAUACUCUGAGUUGGGUGAAUACAAGAUGGAAAUAGGAUGAAAGACCUCAUCAAGAACUCAAGGAAAUAAUUACAGCAUGAGGCGUGUCCAGCAGUCUAAUUAUCGGUGUACUUGUCCAGUCUCCACUAGCCUGUUACCUGCUUGAGGCGGGGGUUGUGUUAUUGCCUCUGUAGUGCAUGUAGCUUGGCACCUGCCACGUGCUAGGGGCACAGUUAACACUCAGGGAAGGGAUGGACACAGAGGGCCAUAGGAGUCAACCUCCAUCUGCCCAGAUGCUAGGCCUUUCACCUGUUUGCCUCUGACAGAGUGGGGACGCUUGUCCUCCUUCUUUUUAACAUGGAAGAUAAUCCCCCACAUAUGUUUUCCCUAAAAUUCGUUUUGUGUCUGAAGUCCAUGAAUUCAGCAACAUGAAGAAGAAAUUACAUAAAUUUUCCAUUCUUACUGCAUUCCUGAGAUUAAGUUUGUAGCUUACUGUUCAAAACAGAGCCUUUCCUUUGACUUUCACUCAAAGGUUUUUUUCUGUUCACCUUGGUCAAUAACAUUGUUUACAACCUUGUAGAUUUCAAUCAUUCCUACUUGCCUUUUGCCGAGGGCUCUGCUGUGGGGUUAUAAGAGCCACUGAUGCUGGUUUCUGGGAACUCAGGCACACCAAAUUCUGUCUUUGAGUUUCAAAGACUAGACAUCAAGAACUUCAACUCAGGAUUCCUUCAGACUCAGCCUUAAAUCCCCUUCUGUUCCUAUGAAACUAAGCACAAAGCAGAAUUUGCGUGUCUUUACUGUUGCCUUUUCUGACUUCAGACCUGAUUUCUCAACCACCGACUUGCCUACGCUGUCAAAUAUUUUUUUUUUUUUUAAUACAUGAUCUGAAAGAUUAAGGGAGUUUUUCGUAACUGCCAGUUGGCAUUCAUUACAAGACUGUGGCCUGAGAGCCAAAAUCUGUAUCUUUCCUGGGAUGGUUAUGCAGUAUUUCAGUAGUGCCAAUCUUUUUUACAUUUUUAAAUAUUAAACAGAAAAGUGUAGGUUCUCAGUAGUUCAAAUGAUCUCUAUCAUUUUUAUUUAUAGGAUUAGACAUUUAUCCUUACGAAUGAUUUUCAAAAAUUCUACUUCAAAUAAGUUAAAUGGUAUAAAAUAAAGCAAAUUAUUACCUUAUUAUAAAUUAAGUUUAUUUCCUGGCAUUUUUACAUCCUGAGAGAGCAGGAAAAUUUUGUGUCCAUUGUUUGUUCAAGAAAUCUAGGGAGUGAGUAAAAUACUGAUUGCUACUAGUCUUUAUUCCUUUUCCCCAUUUUUUACCUCCUUUUACUCCAGAUGUUCCCUGUGUUGGCUUUUUGUUUCUUGCAGUGGUUUGAAAAUACCGUUCCUCAAGUGAGAAACCAAGAUAUAUUAGCUAGAUAAUCUUACUAACUUCAGUUCAAAAGGGAACAAGAUUUUCUGAAUUAGUAGUGAUGAUUUUGAAAAAUACAAAUGAGGUUUUUAUUUUAAAACUCAUAGUACACUAAUAAAAUUCAUUGAGGUGGGAAGACCAGCUUGAAUAAGUGUGAUUUAAAGUAGCAGUUAGGAGUGCCCGAGUGGCUCAGUCGGUUAAGUGUGCGACUUUGGUUCAGGUCAUGAUCUUGUAGUUCGUGAGUUCAAGCCCUGCACUGGGCUGUGUGCUGACAGCUCGGAGCUUGGAGCCUGCUUCAGAUUCUGGGUCUCCCUCUCUCUCUCUCCCUCCUCCCCCCUCUCUCUCUAAAAAAAUAAAAAUAAAAAAAAAUAGCAGUUAAGUUGCCCUCAAGACCAUAGGUAUUUCAAAAGCACAAAGUGGCGUAACUCUCAGUUUGCAUGGUGUUGUCUCCAAAACAAGGUUAACUUCAGCCUAGUUCCUGUUUGGAUUAUAUCACAGAUUCUCUCUUUUAUUUUUUAAUUAAAAUUUUCCACACUGAAGUAUGUACAAUAAACCUACUUUUUACAUUAAA